AUGCCAAAUGUUAUUGCGGGUUUGAUGAUACUUAGCGACUCGGGCCGUAACCAUGACCCGACAAAGUCUCCCGCUCAAGCUUUAUUAAGAAUUGAUGCCGAAGUUAUGUCUGCUCAUUUGGGUGUUCUUGACUCCAUUGAGGCUGCUAUAUCCGGAGGCUUUAUUUGCUAUCACAAAUUCCGUGACCAGAUCCCAUUCUAUAUUGAAGUAUCUCAAGCCAAAAUGAUUAAUCUAAUGGCUUGCAAGCUUCCUCAUCUCGAGCAUAUAUUCUGA